GACUCAGGAAUUUAGUGUUUUCAUGAGUCUUCUUUAGAUUAGAGAUGUUUCAGCAUUCUUCUGAACGAAUUGAAAUGGUGGUGGAUAUCUAUGAAAGUGCAGAUGCUGUGAGAGGUUAUGACCCUGAACCUGAUAGUGAUGACACAAAGAAAGACCCAGACACAGCACCACACACUGUUCACACUGCAUUGAGGUGUCACAGACUGCCUGCAGUGUGUGUGGUCCUGCUGUGUGUUCUCCUGCUGACUGCCGUCACUGUGCUGUGGAUCCUAAAUAUGAAAAAUAAUCAGCUACAGACCAAAAACAACAGCAUUCAAAAUGAGACGGAUACUUUAGGAUGGAAAUACAACUCCAGUUUUUAUUACUUUUCUACUGAGAAGAAGAACUGGACUGAGAGCAGACAGGACUGCAUAGAGAGAGGAGCAGACCUGGUGAUCAUAAACAGCAGAGAGGAAAAUGAGUCCAUCACUGACCAUCUGGUGGGAGACCGCACUUGGAUUGGUCUGAGUGACUCAGAAACAGAGGGAAAGUGGAAAUGGGUAAAUGGAACAGAAUUAACGAAUGGCACUGGGUACUGGUAUGAGGGACAACCAAAUGAUUAUGAUAAUAAUGAGGACUGUGGGGUGCUCUGGAACUAUCCAGAUAGGAAGGGUUGGAAUGACGCACCAUGCACUCGAGAGUUUUGGUGGAUCUGUGAGACGACGGCUUUUUAGUGAUAAAUUUAGAACCAACAGGUAAAAGAUAUAAUGCUUGCAAACAUAUUAAACAAAAUGUACUAAGCAGCCAGACCAUCUGUAGUUAGACCAUUUAGAUCCACUAUAACUAUCAUUUGUGAAGAGUGUUUAUGUGUAAACCCACUCUCAGUGAACAUUCUAACACAGAACUACCACAUUUUAAAAUUCAGGGAGAUCAUAUCUAUUUUAUAUAAAUAUUGAUUUAAUGUAAAUUGCAGUGCACAGAUGAAGAAGCCAUGGAUUUUACACACUCAGGAUUUGACCAGUCCUCUAAUCUA